UCUGCUCUUUCCCUUUUCUGUCAACAAACCCAACGAAAGCAUCCCAAGAAUUUUUCCACAUGAUUUGACCUUUCAGUUUUUUUUUUCCUUAAGUUUUAACCCUCUCCUCUUCUUUUUACCCUCUUCCUCCCCUCCGACCGAAUCUCAUUAACCACUCUCAUAUUAGUGGACUGUCAGUCAUCCAUAAUUCCCCAUAUCAAUUUCCAUAUGCAGCAGUUAAAACCCUAAUCACCAUGGAAAUGACACUUCCUUCUCUUUCAGUUCAGCAUUUAUUAUAUAUAUAGUACCGGAGGAAGUGACCCAACAGGAAUUUUCUUUUUUACCCAGGAAAGAAUCAAUCAAUACAGACAGAGGACAGUGUUCCCCAGUAGUAGCUACAAGUACUUUGAGCAAGUUUAAUAUGGCUCAACAGGAGGAAGGUUGGCCCCUGGGGUUGCAGCCUCUGAAUGUGAGAGUAGGAUUAGGGUUUGGCAGGAGCAAUAAUUUCUCUGGAUCAAUAUCAUUCAACACUUUACUCACUGGUUCCCCUACUUCCUCUACAGAUUCUUCAUCAGAUUUAGACACAGAGUCUACGGGGUCUUUCUUCCAUGACAAGAGCAUUACACUUGGGAGCCUAAUAGGUGUUUCAAGCAUUGUAGAGCUCUCCAAAAGAUCAGUAAGAGUAACAAAAGUAGAAUCACCAAAGGAUAAAAAGGGUUGCAACAAAUCAAGAACUUGGCUCUUCUCUUUAUGCUCAAGAGACACUACUGACGCAGAUAACACGACCAGCCCGCCAUCCCUCGGCCACUUCCUUGCAGCAGAGAGAAGAGCUGCUAACGAUAACAGAAGAAAUCAAAGCCCUUAUAUUUACGGACUCGAUGAAUUUGCUUUCUCUCAAGCCAAUUCAGAACCAAACUCGCUGUUCCUUAAUGGCCAAGUUAUGCCUCCUCGAGGAAGUCCAUGGCAUGGAUCGGAGAAUAGACUGACUGGAGGACUUGAUGAUUAUCAGGGAAAUAUUGGGAAUGCAGCUCCUGUACUUUUUUCAUGUAUGUGUGGACAACCUUCUCAUAAUUAAGUUUUAGCACAUAUUCUUUUUGUAUGAAUAUACAUUUUUAUCAUUGAAUUUAACGUUGCAGAACAUAUAUGCUAGUGAAUUCUAUGUUUUAGGAAGAGAAUAAUAAACUUGGGUUCUAUUUGAGUUAGCUUUU